GCGCUUCCGGCUUGCAAACUCCACUGACGAUGCCGAUGCUCGAAAUGGAAGAAGUGCCGAGUGGUCUCCAGGGCAAGCAGUUGCGGUGGCUGCUCCACGCCAGCGAGAUCUUCUUCCCACGCCUGAAUGCAACUUACACGCUCGCGAACCUGGUCUUGACCGUCACCUGCUAUCUCAAUCGAAAGACGAGCCGAGAAGCUGCCAUGAAGCUGCCGUACGUGGGCGCGGCCACCGCUUUUGGUGUCGCCACCACUGCGUAUGCGCUUGGCAUCAUGGCGCCCAUCAAUACGGUGAUGAAGAAGAUGUCGAUGAAUCUGGAGAGGGAUCAGGAUGACGAGAAGAGCCACAAGGAGCUGCGCGCACAGCAGAAGACUUGGAAGGCGUUUAACAUCGGUCGCGCGCUAUGCAUGCUGUCGUGCGCGAUCGCCGGCGCGAUCGGCUUGCUGGUGUGAGUGUGUAAUUGAGGCGGAUCCAUCCACGCUGGAGAGUCAUCCGAGCCGGAGUAUCACGGCAGCUGAAGGUAGAUGUUCUUCUGAAGAGGUGAACCACUUAGCGCUGUAUCCGGUCAAAUCAGCUGGAACACGCGUACGCUGCUUCGUUCAUGGAAACGAGCUGCUAUAUCUUUGGCUUUGAUCGAAGCAAGCUAACCAUGAUAUGGAGAUAGGGAUGGGGAUCUGGGGGCGGUUAAUGCAGCAUUAAUGAUACCACAU